CACACACACACACACACACGCACACAGGCAGAUGUGUGUACAGUAUAAUCCGUCUCAUCAUUCUCACCCCUCUCUAAUCCAUCCCAUGAUAUUUGACUCAGAAACAUCUCAGCCUUUAGGGACCAAAAGCAAAGACUGGAUGCUGGAAAACAUCCAUAACAUCAUCAUCAUUUUCAUCAUCCAGACCGACCCGCAUCAUGAUCCUGACCGCUUUCUGAUGCCCCUCCGGCGCCAUGGAGCAAAACGCAUCGAUGUAACCGCAUUCAACGCGUUUUAGAGACUCCCAACAUCAUCUUUCAAGACGGACGGGGUCGUGGAGCAUCGAGGGAAAAACCGAGGCAAUCGGGACAGAGACUACAUGCCCAAUAUGGAAAGGGGCAAACCCGCAACAUACACGGGCGACAAGAAGGCAAAGAUGGCUGCAAAAACCAAUAAGAAGUGGGUAAGACUGGCCACGGUGUUUGCAUACGUCUUAUCAGUAUCUCUAGCCGCGAUUAUCCUGGCUAUAUACUACAGUCUGAUCUGGAAACCCGCUGGAAAUGGCAAUAAUAAUAAUAACAAUGGCACCAUUGGCACUGGCACCACCACCACCACCGCGCAACCCGAAAACCUCAACUCCACUGCCGGCUUCAGCAACACCACUGUCGGCUUCAGUAAUACCACCACCGCGCAGGUCAACAGGAGAAAACGCGCACUUUCUGAGGAUUUCUACUCGUAUGGAGACUUGUAUAAGAGUCGAAGCGACGCAAAAACACGCGGAGGUUUGACCAGCGGGGACGCGCUAACGGAGACCGCGCGCGCGCCUGAGGAUUCUAGACAGAAAAAGCAAAGUCGGUUAGUUUCCGAUAAGCAGAACUAAUCGAGGCCUUAAUGGGGACUUUUGAGGAUGCUGGAGAUGUGCUUUUUGACUUUUGGACACCUUAUAUAACACGUCUGAUAUUUCUUUUUAUUUUAUUGUUUGCCUUAAACUGCGAUUUAAAGGGAUAGUUCACUAAAAAACUAACAUUUCUCUGUCAUUCGCCAUUUAUUUGUUCAUUUCUUCUGGUGAACAUAAAUCAUAGGUGAAGAUAUUUUAUUAUUGUUAAUACCUGCGACUUUCAUAGUGUUUGGUUAGUCCUACAAUUGAAGUCAAUGGAUUUCAGCUUUCUUCGGGAUAUCUUCUAUGUUCAGCUUAAGUAAUAAACCAUUUAAAGGAGAAUAAAUACACUGAAUACAACGAUUUAUUGGAUUUACCUACAUUUUACAAGCUAGCUAUUGAUAUGGGCUGAAUUUAAACAUUAAAUUUAGUAAUUUUCAACUUUAUUAGUUGAAAUUCAGCCCGUAUCAAUUGUUUGCAAGCACUUACAAAUAUAAGUAAAUCCAAGUAAUUUUUUUCAGUGCGUAAAUAUUCGUAUUUUAAUGAACUAUCCCUUUAAAUGUUAAUUUAUUGGAGCUUAUACCCAAAAUCCACCGGCUGGCCUGUCAUUCAGCUGAAUAGGAAACAUCUUGACUGAGCGACUAUAUUAUUAUUAUUAUUAAUAUUAUCAUCAUCAAUGCCUUGAUCUGAUUAAGAAUCAGCCAUUAUUAUCCGGAUGCGAGCUUUUUAAGGAAAUACAAAGCUUGCAUGAGCUCAGCUAAACCUGUUAAACAAUUAAUCAGGAUCCGUAUGUUUAGAGGAACCUGCUCAGGUAUGUGCAAAUACUAUUUAUGUAAAUGUAUUAAGUAAUGUACAUAUAUACACACGCGACUUUUAGCAUCACUAGAUCAUUUUUACUACAAAUAUGUACCAUGUAGGUGUAGGAAACAUCACCGUAAUGGGAAAUAAACUCAUUUAAAGUACAAAA